AGCUCCACAUACACUCAUCGCUGGAGUCACUGCAUAAAGCCAUUGGUAAGGAGUACCUGCCUGUCGAAUAUGGUGGCACUAAUGGCACCUAUGAAGAGGCUAUGACACAUUUCGAACAACAGCUCAAUGAAUUUAGCGACUAUUUCGAUGAGGAUGAAAAGUAUGGCGUUGAUGAGAAAUUGCGAGAAAUUGAGCCUGCUGUUGGAACAGUAGCUGCUAAAGAGACGCCACCUUCACCAGCAUCGCCGCCAUCGCCUAAAUGUAAAUCUCCCUUCAAUAUAUGGAACUUAUUAAGUUCAUAAAAAUUAUCAUUCAAACACUAUAAUUACCUAAUAAUAAACAAAAAAUUGGAAAAUAUAUUACAAUUUUAAAACAAUGCCUUAUUUAUUAAAGAAAGGAGACCUUGCAAAAAAAAUAAUAAUAACAAAUAAUGUAUGUUGUGGCCAUUGAGAAUAAAAAUGAACUGAAAUUUUGCACAAAAGAAAUUAGCCACAGCGAUCCGGCAACACUUUUGGUAUUUAAACUGUACCCAUUUACUAAGCUUUUUACUUUAGACCGCACCAAAAGCGCGCGACUAAAAAGCUUUUAGUUUUAGCUAGCGCAAGGCAAGCAAAACAAAUAAAAAAACAUACAAAAAAACCAAGCACAUAAACAAGACAAAAUAGAUUUAUAAAAAAAAUGCAAUGCCCAAACAAAUGAGAUAACAAAGCGAAAUUUGUGAGAUUAGCAGCGAACAUCACACUGGUUUCAGCGAACUUUGAACUUAGCAGCCUCCAAGUGUUUACCACCGAUUUUUUGAACACAUUUUGUAUGCAUAUCCUAAGUAAGCAUUAAGUUAUCUACGCAAUAGUACGCAAUGGCUAAGUUCAAGUUUUACUAUGAUUUGAUGUCACAACCAUCGCGUGCCCUUUGGAUUGCAUUGCGGCUGGGUAAGAUUCCACAUGAGGAUUGUCCGGUAGCAUUGCGAAAGUCGGAGCAUCUCAAACCAGAGUACAAAGAAAUUAAUCGCUUUCAAAAAGUGCCGGCAAUAGUGGAUGAAGAUUUUCAUCUGGGCGAGAGUGUGGCGAUCGUAAGGUAUCUCUCCGAUAAGGGUAAAUUCAGUGAAGCACUCUAUCCCAAAGCACUGCAGCGUCGAGCGCGUGUCGAUGAAUUUCUAGAAUGGCAGCAUCUAGGUGUACGCUUUGGUUGUACUUCGUACUUUCUCGAUAUGUGGCUAUUUCCUAUCAGUGGCAUAAAGCCUAAACCUAGCGCCGAGAAAGCAGCUAUGUUAUGCAAAAACAUGGAGACACAACUUAAGGUUUUGGAGGAGAUUUGGUUGAAGGACAACAAGUUUGUGGUGGAAAAUGAAAUAACUGUGGCCGAUUUGUUCGGUUGCUGUGAAGUUGAACAGAUAAAACUGACACAAUACGAUGUCGGUAAGAAAUUUCCAAAAACUGCCGAGUGGAUGCAACGUGUGCGUGCGCAGGCAAAUCCACACUAUGAUGCUGCACACGCAUUUAUCUACAAGAUAUCUGGCUUAAAACCAAAUAAUUGAUGUGAAUUUUUGUAAAUAGGUAUACAAUUUUAAUGAUUUAAAUUGUAGAAAAGUUGUUUAAAAAUCUAAAAUAUUUUUAGUCAUCGCUUGUUGCUUAGUAAUAUUUAGAUAUAUUUUACUACUACUAUUUUCACAUGAAAUAUUGUUGUACCGUUGUUAUGAUAUAUAAUGUUGCUUUAAGUAGAUAUGGAAAUUCUUUAUCAUGGUCAAGGAAAACCAGAGAGCUUGGGUGAGGCCACUCCGACUUAUUAGUUUUACCACUGAAAUAAAAUAAAUCUCCGGGGCGUUAUCUUAAUGCGAUGGCUGAAGCUCCUCCAAAAUAAA